AUGGCGCUGUACUACUGGUUCAAGGAUGGUCCACAACAAAGCUCAAGAGAUUGGGUCUUCGCGCUUGGUGAUUACCAUCCAGCAUACAACGCACCUGCUCAACACCCCUCGCCACCACGAUUACAGAUUGCUUGGUCAUUGGGUCCCCUAUUGAUCACAGGAAGCGCAUACUUUGCUGUAUCCCCAUCCGUUGCGGUGGCUGGUGCCUCUUUGCAUGCCACCCUAGACAUAGGCGUCCUUCAUGCUUUCCUUGACGCCUGGGCGGAUUCCCUCAUCAACUACCAGCCUUUCAUGUUCACGGCCAGUGGAGGCAUUAAUGUUGGCGUGAGAUACACGCCUGACCUGUGGUUUUGUCCGCCAUUCCAGGGCGUGUGCCAUGUCAAUUUCUGGGUGUUUGGCUUUGACAUUGCUUUUGGGCCCUCCGAUGGUGUUGAGUCUCCGGCUCCCAUACAGCUGCUGGAGUUCUACAGACUCACAUUGCAGAGGCAAACCGCGACAGAGGAAGACUCUUCGAAACCCCACAUUUUCACAUGCAACUCUGGCCUUGUCUCCUCCAUGAAACCGGAACCGAAAGACCCCAAGGAGGUUACCAAAAUGGCCCAUGAUUUUGCUCCGAAUUCUGAUUCUCCACCCUUAGUAUCAUCAGUUACUGCAGAAUUUGGCCGAACUUCCGGAGAGAAAUCAGUCUGGGAGCUUCGCGCCGUCAUCAGCAGUGUUCCCAAACCUCUUUGGGAUAAAUAUGACCCAAGCAAAGACCCAAGCAAAAACUCUCGUUCCCUACUGGAUCCUUCGGGCCCUGCGACAGUCUACUUAAUGAUGGGCGUACAAUUAAUCCCUCCCGAAGCGCACUCGAGAGAUGAUAGAAUUAAACUCUUCGAUGCAGUCAAAUCACAACUCGAGGAUGUCAUCAAGCCGAUCAACUUUCCUGAUACCACCAAGUUUCAGAACGAUACAUGGAUGCCUGCUUUACCCGUCAAGCCUACACCAGACAACCCAGCAAAGCUUUGGGGAGCCGUGCGAGAUCUGUGGCUGAAGCCGAAAGACGGUGAGGGAUCUGCCAAGAAAGCAGUGGAAUUGUGGAUAACCGCGAUGAAUUGGACUGUUGGUGACCUCACGGGUGUUGUGCCAGAGAGGGCAGCGAAGGACUGA